AUAGAACAUGUGCUUUUGACAAAUGACAGAAAAUAAUUAUUUUGAUCUUAGACAGAUAUAUUUGUUGUGUGUAGUUUUGUUGAGCAAAAAUGGCAGAGCCCGAAUUAAAUGUAGACAGUUUAAUACAAAGAUUAUUAGAAGUAAGGGGAAUGCGCCCGGGAAAAUCGGUGCAUAUGACUGAAUCAGAAGUACGUGGUUUAUGCUUGAAAUCUCGAGAAAUAUUCUUGCAGCAACCCAUUUUGCUCGAACUAGAAGCGCCGCUCAAGAUUUGUGGAGAUAUCCACGGUCAAUAUACAGAUUUAUUGCGACUCUUUGAAUACGGCGGAUUUCCACCUGAAGCCAACUAUCUAUUUCUCGGGGAUUAUGUCGAUCGCGGAAAGCAGUCCUUGGAAACCAUUUGCUUGCUGCUCGCCUACAAGAUUAAGUAUCCAGAGAAUUUCUUUUUGCUCAGGGGCAACCAUGAAUGUGCAUCUAUCAACAGGAUUUAUGGGUUCUAUGAUGAAUGUAAAAGAAGAUUCAACAUAAAAUUAUGGAAAACUUUUACCGAUUGUUUCAAUUGCUUGCCCAUAUCAGCUAUUAUUGACGAAAAGAUAUUUUGCUGCCAUGGGGGAUUAAGUCCUGACUUGCAAGGAAUGGAACAGAUCAGAAGAAUAAUGAGACCUACAGAUGUACCUGACACAGGACUUUUAUGCGAUCUUCUAUGGUCCGAUCCGGAUAAGGACGUCCAAGGUUGGGGCGAAAACGAUCGAGGCGUUUCGUUUACUUUUGGCGCUGACGUAGUAAGCAAAUUCCUGAACAGACACGAUUUAGAUCUGAUUUGUCGAGCCCAUCAAGUCGUCGAAGACGGUUAUGAAUUUUUCGCCAAAAGGCAACUAGUCACAUUAUUUUCAGCUCCUAAUUAUUGCGGCGAAUUCGAUAAUGCAGGAGGAAUGAUGAGUGUCGAUGAGACUCUUAUGUGUUCGUUCCAAAUUCUCAAACCAUCUGAGAAAAAAGCUAAAUACCAGUACCAAGGAAUAAAUUCUGGCCGUCCGUCGACACCUCAACGAAAUCCCCCACCAAAUAAGAAGAAGUAGAGUUUAAAUACACUAAUAAAUUAUUUUUACUCUACAUAAUUUACCUUCUCCUUUUCCAUAUACUAUUUUUUUUAAUAAUUUAAUCUGUAGAUGCAUUUGUAAAGAUUAAUUUCUCAAUUGAUUGCUCCCACAGUACAGAAAUAGAAAAAUGGUCUAAUGGAGUCAGGAAUAUUGUAUAUUAUUUAAUGUUUAUUAUAAUUUAUAUUGUAUGACUGAUUUUCUUUUCACUUAGCGGACUGAAUUGCUUUGUAUUAUUUUUGUUAUUUCGUUUUUUUUUAUUUUCUGUUGUCAUACAUCAGAUAUAAAACAAAACUACUUCAAAAUUAAUUGAAAUGUCAAAAUUGAGAAUAUCUGAUGUCUGACAAUAUUAUGUACAUAAGUGUUUGCUGUACCAAUGAUGAUGAAUUAUGACCAUGAGGCUUAAUCUUAGGGUCAAUAUUUAAUUGAGGAUUUUUAUAUAAGAUUUCUUGAAAUUUUAACAUUAUUUUUGUAUCCAGUGUGAAAACUGAAGCAAUAUUUUAAUUGGAAGCUUAUCAAAUUGGUGUGAAUAGUGCAAUAAAUCAAUUAAAUUCAAGAUAUCUUGUAUAUAAUCUAACGAUUGGAGUUGCAUUUUUUAAAAAAAUUUUGCCCUCUAUAAUUAACAGUAUUGUAUAAAAUUUCAUAGUUUGGUAUACCUUAAGGUUGGUAUAUAUGCAUUUUGUCAGUUGUUGAUCAUAACUUUUUGCUUUUCAAUCAAAUCUCCAUUCGAUAGUAUAUUAGAGCUUCAAAAGUUUUAGGCGUCAAGUAGGUUUUUUCUUUUCAAUUUAUUAUAUCACAGGAAAUGGUACAAAUGAAAAAAGUUUAUUGAAUAAAUGAUGCUUUAGAAA